AUGUACAUCCCCCGACCCCUCUUCUCCUCCGCAUACGCCCACCUGAAAGCCCAUGCGCACUCCACCAAUCCGUCAAUUCUCCUCCUCUGCGCUCUGGACACGGAUUCUCUCUGCGCCGCACGGAUCCUGACCCAUCUCCUUAAGCAAGACUACGUGCCGCACAAGAUACACCCGGUCGCGGGGUACCAAGAGCUCGAGAAUGUCAAUGAAGCACUUGUUAAGGGGAACGAAGAGUUGCGCUUUGUGAUUUGCUUGGGUUUGGGGGGAUUGGUUGACAUUGCUGCCUUUUUGGACUUGAAUUGUGGGCGAGGAGGGGAAGAGGGAGAAGAAGGAGGGAGGGCAAAGGUGGAAUGCUGGUUGGUGGAUGGAAGGAGGCCGUGGAAUUUGUAUAACGUUUUUGGUGUUGGCGGGGUAAAGUGUUUUGAUGAUGGUGAUAUUGAAGAGGAAUUGCCGAGGAUAGGAUUUGGACACACACUGCUUUCAUACCCUUCCUCCAAACCACUCGCCUCCUCGCCUCCACCCGUACACUCGCAUUCCCCGCCUUCUUCACCCUCACAACAAUUACCACUCCCACCACCACCCGAGCGUCCUCCACCAUCUGCGAAACUUCUUCGGAGAAAACUCCGUCGUCUACGAGCAAAGCAUGAGUCUACCGUUGCAAGCUAUUACACACAGGGAACCUGGUACGGUGAGCCAAUAUCCGGUCUCCUUUACUCCCUAGCCUCCGACCUUGGUCGUGAGGACAAUGACCUCCUCUGGUUGGCCAUUGUGGGUCUCUCCUCCGGGGAGAUCAUCGGCCGAGGGAUAACCUCUGGCCCACCAAGGAAAGCAGGAGGUCUUGGCUGGGUAAGCACCACUCGAGAAGACCAAAUCCGUGGAGUCCUCCGAGACGAGGUCCGCAGAUUGAAUCCUCCGGAGGCCCCACCCCCGGGCUCCUCCAAUGUCUCAGGCAACAGCAGUAGCAGUUUACAAACUACAGCCCGGUCACCGUCCGAUACCGCCAUCAGGCUAUCACCGGAAUACAGGUUCAUGCUCAUCCGUCAUUGGUCCUUGUACGACUCCAUGUUGCAUUCUUCGUUCUUGGGGACCAAGUUACAUAUCUGGUCAGAGACUGGGCGGAAGCGACUGCACAAGUUGUUGGCAAAGAUGGGGUUUAGCCUUAGUCAGUGCAAGCAAAGCUACACACACAUGGACAUGGACUUGAAGCGGAGUCUUCGCGAGAGGUUAGAGAAGUACGCUCCGUUGUAUGGCCUCGAAGGUGUUGUACGAGAGGGAUUUGUCAGGUGCUGGGGGUUUAGAGGAUGCCUUAGUGCGGCGGAUGUAGCAUAUGUCAUAGGCGGUCUUCUAGAGAUGGGACGAAGAGGUAGUAGUAGCCAUACCAACAGCGGUUCAGCAAUCACACCAAUAUCUUCAUCCGCUGGUAAAGCUCCAGAAGCACUGGUGGACCCUGACCCAACCAACGAAACCCGCAAAGAAGAGGCAAGAGAGUCUGAAAGUUGGAUAGCUAAUUUCUGGGCUGCUUACGAUGCACUCGAAGACAUUGAAGCUUUAAAAACCGCCCUCCCAACAGCGAUGGAUUUAACCCGUGCUAUCCUACGAACCGGCACUGCUUUAAUUGAAAAGCGUCAAAUUCGUCUGUUGCGCUCCUUUCGGCUUGCAGUCGUUAAGGAAGGCCCCGACGUCUCAACCUUUGCACACCCCAGCGCACUAUCAAAGUUAGCCUUAUGGCUUGGCGAAGCCAUUCUAGAGCAGGAAAAGGAGCACAGGAAGAAGCGGCAUUUACCUCUGGUCGUUGCGAGUCUCAACGAGCGGAGGGGGGUGUAUGUGGUUGUGGGUACCACAUUAGGAAGUAGAGUUGACGACGAAGACGCAACGCUGGAAUACCGCUCCGGGCGGAACAGGUUCGGAAUGGCAUUCCAGGAAGUAGCCCAGAGCACCAACGCACGCAUCCGAAUCGACGCGUUCGAAGCUACGGUCGUGGAGGUCAAGAAAGAGGAUCUUGCAGGGUUCUUGGAGGGUCUCAGUCUUAAAAGUGUUGUUGAGUGA